CACGCCACGGCCGGUAUUCCAACAGUAAUAUUUUGUACCUCAUUUAUUCAUCGAUUUUGCGGAUGGAGAAACAUGUAGAUGUGGCCAUUGUUGGCGGAGGCAUAUCUGGUUUAUCUGCGGCAUAUCACCUCUACAAAAAGGACCCAUCAUUGGAAGUAUGUGUUCUGGAGGCUAACGAUCGGGUUGGCGGACGAACACUGACCCUGCCUCUCCAGGGUAAAGACGGCACAGACUACUGGGACAUGGGCGGACAGUGGGUGUCCAGCUCACAGAAACACAUCAUGGAUUUGAUUAAGGAAAUCGGACUGGAAACCUACCCACAAUACACCAAGGGGUUAAAGUUUAUGCAAGUUGAGAGUGCAAAGGUCAAAAGCUACAAGUCUGAUAUCCCGUCUCUUUCAUGGUUGUCUCUUAUUGAUCUUCAGCUCUUUGUCAUGAAGAUGGAUAGACUGUAUAAGGAGAUCGACAGCACAGACCCGUAUAAUUGCAGCAGAGGCGAGGAGUGGGAUAGUAAAACUCUAGAAACCUUCAUGAAGGAAUCAUUAUGGACAGAGGGUGCUUAUAAGACAUUGGAGAUUGCCGCUCGUACAGGAAACGGCAUGGAGCUGUCUCAGAAUUCCACUCUCUUCUUCCUCAAUGCAAUUGCAGGUGCAGGCGGAUUCAUGGCUUUACUCGGGAUGGACGAAAAUCAAGCCCAGGGUUUAAAGGUCAAGGGAGGAACGCAGCAAAUCUCAAAGAUUUUGGCCGAGAAAGUCGGAUCAGAAAAUGUACUGUUAGAGCAUGCUGUCCAGGAAGUGGUACAGCAUGAGCAAGGUAUUCAACUGAAGUGCAAGAACGGAUUGACAGUGAGUUGUAAGCGAGCAGUGAUUGCCGCGCCUCCAAUGGUUACAAGAAAAAUACUGUUUGAGCCGCCGCUGUCAAGGGAACGACGAGAGAUCGAGAAAUGGAUGCUUUGGAAUCUCAUCAAAGUGAUCAUAACAUAUAAGGAGGCCUUCUGGAAGGCACAUGGUCAGUCAGGAGAGGCUGUGACGUAUGGUGGGCCAAGUGACGUAACAGGAUGUGACGUAGGCCCACUUUCUGCUGUGAUGGAUGCAUCAACCGACUUAAGUCCGGCGUUGGUGACUUUCGUGGCUGGAGAUCAGGCUAUACAAUGGAGUAAACAGGAUGCACAAGUAAGAAAAAGAGCGGUACUAAAAUCAUUGUCAGAUUUUUUCGGACCGGAAGCGGAAAACUGCCUCGAUUACAUGGAAAAGGACUGGAGUAACGAACGAUACAUAGAGGGCGCUAUAGCAGGCGUCAGUACUGGAGCAAUGAAAUACUUCUCUUCCGGUCUCCGGGAUCCGCAAGGGAGGAUACAUUUUGCCGGGUCUGAGAGCGCUACUGUAUGGGACGGAUAUAUGUCGGGGGGAGUCCAGGCUGGUAUCCGAGCAGCCACGGAAAUCUUGUAUCAUCUCCGGCCUGGCGCUGUCUCCGGAGUUGAACUGUCUGGAACCGCUUACAGUCCGUCACACAAACCUCCAAGGCAUUUAAAAAGAAAAGUGAAACCAUCCUAUAUAACCCGAACUUUGACCUUAACACUUUUAGUGGGCGUGGUGGCGCUGCUGUUCCGGAUGUUCGUUUCCGAAAACUAGCAAAACCGUGUGUUUUUGAAAAUAUUCAGGAAAAUUAUUUUUUUACAGAUGAUUUACAUAUAAUCUAGUGCUUUUUUUUUAACUUUUUGCUUUUGAAGUUUGCGAUAAGGACUGUUUAGCCUGCUGUCAGUAUGUGACCAGUGAGGCGUCUUGGUCAUAGGAGCAUGUACAGCAUUUCACUGUGAUAAUAUUUUACGCGGACAUGUUACCAUGGAAACUAAUCAGUAUCAGUUCUGAGAUUAACUCAUUAAACAGGACUGAAAGAAAUGUUUGAGAUAUAUGUGAAUAUACGUAAUUAAAUUAUUUACCUGGAAACAUUGAAGUAACAAUACAGAUAAUUACAUUAAAACCAAGACUUUACCGACAUUGUAUGGGACUGGGUCAAUGUGUCUGAUACGCCAGUGUGUCGGUAAAGUCUCUGUUGACAAUGACAGUGGGGCAUGUUGCCGAACAGAUAUUAAAGAAUAUGGUUAAAAUCAGUCGACGGUAAAGUCAAUAUCGGCAAUAACAGUGGAACCCAUCACGGUUCUGGUGGUUAUGGCCGAAUUAAAUGAUGUCAUUUACAUCAGUGUUCGGUUAAGUCAGGCACCACCGUAUCAGAGGUUGUUUAAUUAUCAGCAUUUUCUUAUUAAAUAUGGAAUGGUGUAAUAAAUAACUGUGAUUCAUUAUAAAUCUGAGACUAAAAUGGAAAUGGUAUAUUCAUAAACAGUCGGCAAGUCUAAAUAUAAGUCUGUCAACUCUUGUUUUAAUUACUCAUUUUCAAUUAGUCAAAUGAAAUAUGACUGGUAAUGAUUCAUCUACUAUCAGAGCUUCUGACCUACGUACAAUAUGAGAUUAUCAUGUUUUGACUACGAGCGAAGAACAGAUGAGACAUUAUCGUCCGGCUGGGCGUGACUAUGCAUGUCUUUCUAUAAUCAGGCGCCAUAUUUGUUUAUGAAGGAAGUUUCAUUUCGGUUAUUAACCGUAUUUAACCUAAUAAGGACACAAGGCGCGAGUAAUUGACUGUGAGGGCCCUUAUUAAGGUUGGUUAUUCUGAAGUUUUAUGAAACAGACUAUACCUUAUAGAAAAUUGAACACAAAAAAAAAAUUAGCAAAUCAUUUUCACAUAGAUUAUUAAACACCAUUUUGACACUCAGUAAAAAGGGUUUUUUUCCUGGAAAAAAAUAGGGCUCCCUUAUUUGGUCAGGCGUCCUAAUUAAGUCAUAUACGGUACCAGUAUCGGAAUCAUGUAUUCUUUCAGCUUUAUUUUAGUAAUUAUAUGCUAAUACAUUGUUUGUCUUUUGUACGAUCCUUUGGGAUUACAGGUGGCACACACUGUCACUGAUCAUUAAGUCCCCGAGGUUUAUCAUAACCUAUCUGUCACGUUUUAAGGGACAUUUGUAUUAGUGACUCAGCUCAGAAUAUACACAUGUGUUUUACCUUCCUUUGAAAUCCACUAUUGCAAACUGUGAAAUUUAUUACAGCAUGGUCUGUUUGCAUCUUCCGAUCUAGAUUUUGACAUUUCUUGUGGCGUUUGUUAAGUUUUCCGUCGCCGUAUGACCACUUGUAAGCCAUUUACAUCACUGAUGAGUCCUGGAUGGACAAAACAGUUAUACACCACAGUUUAAUUAUUGGCGCAUGUGUGUCUAACUUAAAAUUGUUUUGAAAUGUGCUUAUAUUAUGUGUGUUUUACAACCCAUCGCAGGAUGAUGCAAAUUGUGAGAGCGAAGUACUUUAAUGCUGAUGUAAUUGGAGUGAUGCAAAUGUUUAUGAGAUUCAUUAAUGUGUAAAUUUUGACGAACAAUUGAUAAUUUGUUUAGUAAUCAUUUAUUGGCCGAAUGGACAGCUGAACAGCAUAGCAAUUAUUGAAUGAAGAAUUUCGUUUUCAAAUGAUCUUGUGUCCACCAGAUGUGUUAUAACCCUAUGUUCGAUAAUCGCCCAUUGGUCAAAGUGUUUCACGUGACUUAUGAAAAGUAAUAGAAUAUGGAAUUUGAACUUAAAAGUAAGAUUUGUUCUGCUAGAGACAGCUAUUUAAUUGCUCAUGCAAAGUAUUUAUUCCUAAAAUUCUGACAAUACAUACAUGGAUUUUAUGUAUAAUUCAUGGGUGUAUCUCUUUUGUUUUUUUACAAAGGAUAUAUGGUAUUUACAAUCUAUAUAUUCAUCAUUCAGUAAUCGAAAUGAUAAGUAUAUCUUUAUAAAUUUGCUUUACACUCAUUUUUUUUGUUUCUCACCAGAUUAUUGUACAAAUGAUUAAUCAGCGCUGUCGAUAUUUAUAAUGUUGGUAUGCCUUCAAGAGUUUGUUUGUUUGACGCUGCACAAUUACUGCCAAUAUUUAUAAGGUUGUUAUGCCUUCGAGAAAUUUUCUGACGCUGCACCAUUGCUUCCUAUUUCUAUAAUGUUCGAGAAGUCAAUGUAACAUAUAAUUGAGCCUCAUCUUUUUUUUGCAAUAUGACUUACACAAACUUUAUUGCAUAAUAUAUACAAUAAAUAAUUUGAUUCUGGAAAAUGUCUGUAUUAUUUCUUAAAACCGUUUUAAAUUGAUGAAUGCAAAUGAACACGCCCUGAUUUUUUAUCAGUGGUAAAUUGCAAAAUAUGUUUCAGUAAAGUAGGUUUUACUUAAGUGAAAAUAUUCAUUCACAUGGACAUCGAACUUAAUUGUUUGGUAUGAAACUAUCUUUCUAUCAAUGAAUACAGACAUGAUGUAAACUAACUAAUUACGGAUUUGAAUGAAACUGUAUGCGACGCCUCAAUUAGUCAUUAUGGAUAGCGAACCGGUUAAGAUCAAAGAUCAAAUAAUUCCGAUUUACAGCAUGACCUGUCAAUCAAGUUAUCUGAAGACAAUCAAUACUUUUAGUAAAUUCAAGUUACCUCCCUUUCAAUAUAACUGAAGGAAUAAAUGUAGAGUUUCAAGAUAUCUUCCCUUCACAUCGGGUUACUUCCGUUUGAUUAGAGGGACAGGAUUUUGGCGACAAUUUCUAAGUGGUAAAGUCUGUGACAUCCACAUAUGAUCGAGCUGAAAUACCCGUCCCUUCCAUUUCUUUUUACAUAAUGAAUUGUUUUGUUCCU